AUGGAUCAUAUGGAGUUCAGCAUUGCAUUGCCCCCCUGUGUGGAUUUCACAAAAGCGGGUGUUGAAUGGGCAGACAUGAAGCAGCGACUAAACGCCCACAGCAGACAUAGUUCAGAUCAACAUGAAGGACUUGUGAAAGCUUUUCUCAUGAGCAUAGCAGUGGAGCAAGUACAGGAGAUCUUCAGCAUGUUUGGUUUGACUUACGAUGAAGCUGUGAAGUUCAGCCAAAUUCUGCAGAGGCUGGAGGAGGCGUGCCUCCCUCGCUUUCUCAUCAUCUACAAUCGUUACAGAUUCUUCACCUGCAAGCAAAAUUUGGAUGAUACCUUUGACGACUUUUUAAGGGAUCUUAUUAAUUGGUCAGAAAACUGCGAGUUUGGUGAUCUGAAAGACAUUCUUUUAAAGGAUUGUAUAAUCACCGGUGUUCCAGAUGCCACCAUUCGACAAAGACUCCUUGAAACAGAAGAAUUGGAUUUUACUAAAACUAUAGACAUUUGCAGGGCUGUGGAAAAGCAGCAGAAGAGACAAAAUACUUGGAUCCCCACAAACCAGGCUGGUCUUGCUGAUAUUUCUGUUGGCUCGGAGUGUCUGGGACUCACUGCUGAUGGGAGACAAGUGCAGCCAUCUGUGAAAGUGUUUAAUCAUGCGAGUACAAACACUGACUUUGAUGAUUUCACUGUCCAGAUUUCAGGAGAACAAACAACAAAUGUUAAAGAUAUCAGAUCUACAAUGUGUCAUGGCAUUGAACUAGAUGAAGCCAUUUCUUCUGUUGAGCUCUUGGACCAAUCAGAGAAUGUACAGAAAUCUGGCGGGGACUGCUCUGGCCAGCCAUAUUCUGUUUCAGGAGAAACAAAUAAUUUCUGCCUAACAGCCACGCCUGUGAGAGAGCUGCGUCGGUCAAAACGUCUUGGUCAAGUUGCAAACCAAUUAUUUGACUUGAACUCUGACCAGAAGAAGAGAAGUAGCCGAGAUGUAAAUCUCAAUGUAUGUAAAACAGUCUCUCAGCUGAAAACAUCAGCAGAUGAUGGCCAGGGAGAAAAUAACAACAGCAUUGAAUGUCAAAUAUCAAAACUGCACCUUGGAGUGAAAAAAAAAUUUUACGAUAAGGGUACAGUAGAAACAAGUAAUGAAAAGCAUUCAGAAUUGCUGACAGAAAUUGCAGCCAGCCCGAAGCAGACUCACAAAGUCAUGGAAAACGGAACACUAAAGUUUUCAAGGAAAACGGUUGAGUCAGGCAACCAUCAAAAGAAUGCAGUUGUUAAAGAAGAAGAAGAUAGAAGUUUUCUAAGUAAAUUGUCUCCUGCAUUGAUGCAAGUGAAAGGUUCCCAUGAAAGAAAGAAUUACCGUCGGCAGAAUCUGAAGUGUAGGAUGUGUCAGGCAGCAUUUAGCGAUUUAGCAGCGUUGAGGAAGCACAGGCUGAAACACAAACAGGAGCGGAAGUUCAAAUGUGAUUUCUGUCUUUCAAAAUUUACGAACCUGUCACAUUUAAAAGUGCACACGAGACUGCAUACAGGUGAGCGCCCUUACACCUGCGACACCUGUGGAGCUUUGUACUCUGAGGCUUCAAAACUGAAGGCUCAUUUACGCAAACACACAGGUGAGAAACCAUAUCGGUGCACUGUAUGUAGUCGUAUGUUUGCUUGGACGGCUGCAUACACCCGCCACAUGCGCACCCAUACGGGAGAGAGACCAUAUACAUGUGAAUUUUGUGGUGUAUGCUUUGCUGACUUUACAUCAUUACAAAGACACAUACGCACACAUACAUUAGAAAAACCUUACCAAUGUAACAAAUGUAGUUCUAAAUUCACAGAUCCAUCUGCAUUAAAAUUGCAUAAUCGUAUUCACAACGGAGAGCGACCAUACGCUUGCAGCACUUGUGGAGUUACGUUUAUAAGAUCCCAGCAUUUAAAAGAACAUAUAAAGUUACAUACCGGUGAAAAGCCGUUUCGGUGUGAAACGUGUGGGGCUAACUUUGCAGAGGCCUCGAAGUUGAAAAGUCACAGCAGAAAACACACAGGAGAAAAGCCGUACUUAUGUAAAAUGUGUGGCACAAGAUUCGCUUGGACUGCAGCAUUCACAAGACAUAUGAGAACACAUACACUGGAGAAGCCUUACGUGUGUGAUUUUUGUGGUUCGCACUUUGCAGACCAUUCUACCUUGACGCGCCAUAGACGUACCCACACGGGUGAACGGCCAUACCCUUGUAAGAUCUGUGGUAGCGGGUUUGCAGACAAUUCGUCUCUUCACCGCCAUAUGAGAAUUCACACCGGGGAAAAAUCAUAUACGUGUGAGGUUUGUGGAUCAUCUUUCGCAGUAAAAUCAUAUCUGGUCAGACAUAUGCGUACACAUACGGGAGAAAAACCAUACACUUGUGACCUCUGUGGGUCAAAAUUUACGGAUUCAUCAAAAUUAAAUCGCCACAAAAAAGUACAUUUGAAAGAUCAAAUGAAAUGGGGAAAUCAGGUUAAACCAGAGGCACAUAAAAUACAGCAGAUUCAGCCUGUUCAACCUCUGCAGAUGCUUCUUCCAGAUGGAACAGUUCAUCACCCAUCCACCAAUGGGAAUCUAGACUCAGGGUCAGCUGACUAUCAGCGGUCCCUGAUACCACUGGUACAUGCUCUUCAACUGCCUGUUGUUAUGACCCCAGCCUUAUUGCCACUCAGCAAACCACUGCCAUGCAAUUCUUCUCUGUUAUCUUAG